UCCCCCGAGCGCCGGCCGGAAAGAACGCGGUCGCCGACGCCGUGACGUCGUGCCGCGUUAGCCGCUUCCCGGGCUCGCGCGGUCACGUGGGCCACUUUUGGCGCGAAAACUGGUCGCGGCGGGCUGAGCGGAGAGAAGCGCGGCGCGGAGAUGGCGGAAUCCUCCGAGUCCUUCACAGUGGCGUCCAGCCCGGGCCCGCGGCGGCGCUCCAACGAUCCCCUCAUCUCCAGCCCCGGGCGGAGCAGCUCCCGGCGCACGGAUGCCCUGACUUCCAGCCCUGGCCGGGACCUCCCUCCCUUUGAGGAUGAGUCGGAGGGACUGCUGGGCACCGAGGGGCCCCUGGAGGAGGAAGAGGACGGAGAGGAGCUUAUUGGAGAUGGCAUGGAGAGGGACUACCGCGCCAUCCCGGAGCUGGACGUCUAUGAGGCCGAGGGGCUGGCCCUGGACGACGAGGACGUGGAGGAGCUGACGGCCAGUCAGAGGGAGGCGGCCGAGCGGGUCAUGCGGCAGCGCGACCGCGAGGCGGGCCGCGGCCUGGGCCGCAUGCGCCGCGGGCUCCUGUACGACAGCGACGAGGAGGAGGAGGCGCGCCCCAGCCGGAAGCGGCGGCGGGCGGAGCGCGCCACGGAGGACGGCGAGGAGGACGCGGACGUGAUUGAGAGCGUGGAGAACCUGGAGGACCUCAAGGGCCACUCGGUGCGCGAGUGGGUGAGCAUGGCCGGCCCGCGGCUGGAGAUCCGCCACCGCUUCAAGAACUUCCUGCGCGCCCACGUGGACGGCCGCGGGCGCAACGUCUUCAAGGAGCGCAUCAGCGACAUGUGCAAAGAGAACCGCGAGAGCCUGGUGGUGAACUACGAGGACCUGGCGGCCCGGGAGCACGUGCUGGCCUACUUCCUGCCCGAGGCGCCCGCCGAGCUGCUGCAUAUCUUCGACGAGGCGGCCCUGGAGGUGGUGCUGGCCAUGUACCCCAAGUACGACCGCAUCGCCAGCCGCAUCCACGUGCGCAUCUCCCACCUGCCGCUGGUGGAGGAGCUGCGCUCGCUCCGGCAGCUGCACCUGAACCAGCUGAUCCGCACGAGCGGCGUGGUGACCAGCUGCACGGGCGUCCUGCCCCAGCUCAGCAUGGUCAAGUACAACUGCAACAAGUGCGGCUUCGUGCUGGGGCCCUUCUGCCAGUCCCAGAACCAGGAGGUGAAGCCGGGAUCCUGCCCCGAGUGCCAGUCAGCCGGCCCCUUUGAGGUCAACAUGGAGGAGACCGUCUACCAGAACUACCAGCGCAUCCGGAUUCAGGAGAGUCCCGGCAAAGUGGCGGCCGGCCGGCUGCCUCGCUCCAAGGACGCCAUCCUCCUCGCGGACCUGGUGGACAGCUGCAAGCCGGGCGACGAGAUCGAGCUGACCGGCAUCUACCACAACAACUACGACGGGGCUCUCAACACCGCCAAUGGCUUCCCGGUCUUCGCCACCGUCAUCCUGGCCAAUCACGUGGCCAAGAAAGACAACAAGGUGGCCGUGGGUGAGCUGACCGACGAGGACGUGAAGAUGAUCACCAGCCUCUCCAAGGAUCAGCAGAUCGGGGAAAAGAUCUUUGCCAGCAUCGCUCCUUCCAUCUACGGGCACGAGGAUAUCAAGCGAGGCCUGGCGCUGGCCCUGUUCGGAGGGGAGCCCAAGAACCCCGGCGGCAAGCACAAGGUGCGGGGUGACAUCAACGUGCUGCUGUGCGGGGACCCCGGCACGGCCAAGUCGCAGUUCCUCAAGUACGUGGAGAAGGUGUCCAGCCGGGCCAUCUUCACCACCGGCCAGGGCGCCUCGGCCGUGGGCCUCACCGCGUAUGUCCAGCGCCACCCGGUCAGCCGGGAGUGGACCCUGGAGGCUGGCGCCCUGGUGCUGGCUGACCGAGGAGUGUGCCUCAUUGACGAAUUUGACAAGAUGAACGACCAGGACAGGACCAGCAUCCACGAGGCCAUGGAGCAGCAGAGCAUCUCCAUCUCCAAGGCCGGCAUCGUCACCUCCCUGCAGGCCCGCUGCACGGUCAUCGCCGCUGCCAACCCCAUAGGCGGCCGCUAUGACCCCUCACUCACCUUCUCGGAGAACGUGGACCUCACCGAGCCCAUCAUCUCCCGCUUCGACGUCCUGUGUGUGGUCAGGGACACGGUGGACCCCGUGCAGGAUGAGAUGCUGGCCCGUUUCGUGGUUGGCAGCCACGUCAGACACCACCCCAGCAACAAGGAGGACGGGGGCCCAGGGGGCGCCCCAGAGCCCGCUAUGCCCAACACCUAUGGCGUGGAGCCCCUGCCGCAGGAGGUCCUGAGGAAGUACAUCAUCUAUGCUAAGGAGAAGGUCCACCCGAAGCUCAACCAGAUGGACCAGGACAAGGUGGCCAAGAUGUACAGUGACCUGAGGAAGGAGUCGAUGGCCACGGGCAGCAUCCCCAUCACCGUGCGGCACAUUGAAUCCAUGAUCCGCAUGGCCGAGGCUCACGCGCGUAUGCACCUGCGGGACUACGUCAUGGAGGAUGACGUGAAUAUGGCCAUCCGCGUGAUGCUUGAGAGCUUCGUGGACACGCAGAAGUUCAGCGUCAUGCGCGGCAUGCGGAAGACGUUUGCCCGCUACCUGUCGUUCCGCCGGGACAACAACGAACUGCUGCUGUUCAUCCUGAAGCAGCUGGUGGCUGAGCAGGUGACGUAUCAGCGCAACCGCUUUGGGGCCCAGCAGGACACGAUCGAGGUGCCUGAGAAGGACUUGGUGGACAAGGCCCGGCAGAUCAACAUCCACAACCUGUCCGCCUUCUACGACAGCGAGCUCUUCCGGAUGCACAAGUUCACCCACGACCUGAAGCGCAAGGUGAUCCUGCAGCAGUUCUAGCGUCAGGGCCUCACUCUGCCCCGGGGCCCAAAGCCAGACGGCAGGAGACUCACGGGGUGGGGCCGGGUUCUGCCUUCCCGCCGGCAUCCACCCCUGGGUGUUUAUUUCUCCUGCUCUGUCAUCUGGGGGACUCGUUUUCCAGGCUGCGUUUUCAGCACCGAUCCCCCCGCCAGCGGCCCCCCGCCUGCAGGAGGUUUGCCUCGCCUCCUUUGAGGUGCUUGUGUUCAGGACCUGGGCUGGAGGAGGACGCUGUGCUGGGGGACCGAAGCUGUGAGCGCUUCACCAGGAUUGUUGGCCUCUUGGCGUGAGUUCCGGGUCUUGAAGAGUGAGUUCCCGGACUUGCAGUGUUUUUCUGAACUGUGUCCCACGGGCUUGUCUCAGCUCCCGUGAGUAGAGACAGCUUGUGGGUCAGCACAGCCCGGCGCUCUCUGACGGCCCACAGCCUUGGCUUGUGGCGAUAGGGGUGGGCUGGGGUGGGUGGGGAGGGUCCUUGGAGCUGGGCAACCCCCUCCCUGUUGCCAUGAUGGUCUGUUCUACCUGGCUGUCUUCCCAUGCUGUCAUUUGUACAUUCAGUUCUUUCUUUGGUUUUAGUUUUUAAUAAAGUCGAGUAAGCCUAAA